AUGACUAAUAAUGUAUCAACAACGUCGCCGAUAAUUACAACGAGAAUGAUAUUAUCCGUGAAUUCAACAUCAACUAAUGAAUCAAUCUAUCAAUUAAUCGCGCGAAUGCUUAAUGGAACAGAAUUAUAUAAAUAUCAAGUAGCUGACCUAAUUGAACCUGAAAAAUAUUCUGUCAAUGGUGUUCAUACUGUUAUAUGGACGUUCACCAUCUUAACAUAUCUCUUAGCAAUUCCUAUCGUUCUACGAAUGUUUUAUACACGUGCUUAUAAAAAUGCAAUUGACUUUUUUUCUGGCCAAAUCAUUCUUUGUGCAUUUGUGGCAUGGAUUCCAGCUCUAAUUCUUCUUCUGCAUCAUUGGUUUGAUAUAUUUACACUGCGCCUAUGCCGGUUUCACUAUGUUAUAUUAUCUACUAAUGAAACAGUUCCACUUUUCUUUGUACUUUACAUGAUUAUCGAUCGUUUUCUCUAUGCACAUCCAUCAUUUAAACAUCAUUGCGCACGAUUUUCUUCAAUGUCUUUUAUUCAUUUUUAUGCAAUUUUUACUUGGGUAUUUAUUAUUCUUCUGUAUACAUUGGCUUCUCCUUUCUAUCAACGAAAUUCAAAAUUGUCUUAUUCAGCUUACACAACUAAGUAUUGUUUAUACAAUUAUUCCAAAUUACAUCUACUUGCAACGGCUCGUUCAAUCAUCUACUUUAUUCUCUUUGUACCUGCAUUGAUUUUAAUUGGUUUCGUCUUACGAUACUUUUUUCUCAUGCGUGGAACCAAUCAAAUCCCGCCAAUUGAAAAACUAUGGACAAUACGUGUUACAGCAUUACUUUGCAUCCUUGUCUUUUAUGAUGUUUAUCUCUAUUAUCUUGAACACAUUGCCGAAACGUUUAAAUCGUUUCUAUUAGCGUCGUUAUUACGCGCAAGUUUUUACUUAACACAAUUGUUUAUUAUUGCUUGUACGGAACCUUAUUGGCUUGAAAUCUUACUUGAACGUUGUGCAUGUUUGUGCUGUUUCGUAACAGGUCAAAAACGUAAACCUACCAUAGCAUCUGUGACCCUGCCGAAUGAAACUGAAUUUCAAAGUGUACCAUAUUCAUCAUCAACAGGUCAUUAUUCACUUGUUGAUGAUACUAUUGAUGAUGAAUUUGAUCAAGCGAUAAAUGGACCACAACCAACGCUACGUGUUAUUACAUAA